AGGCUAGAUCCUGCCCACAGCCCGGCCUUUCCCUGCACCUCCUGGGUGCUGGUGAGAGUCCGGGGGGGGGGCGGGGGGGGCAGCAUCAGGCUGCUGUGCCUGAAGCCUGAGGGCUGGACUAGCAUGAAAUUGGGGGCUCAGGAGAGCCGGGAGACGAAGUGUGUGAGGCCGAACCAGCAAAACAGAGAGUGCACCGUUAUGGCGGGUAGGACUCAUUGCCACAAGACAAGGCAAUGGUCAGGGGGCGGGCUGGCUUUGAAUGGGCUUCAGUUGACUGAGGAGAGGAAGCUGAGUGGGCAGCGGCCUUGCAGUGGCCUUCCUCGUGGAGGGAAUUUAGAUGCCCCCCCCUCCCCCGGGGUGAGAAUUACAGGGGCAGAAUCGGAUCAGAGGUACUUUCUGCUUUCUGUGGUUGAGCCAGAGAAGGUGCAUUCAGGGGUGGAUUGUGGAUUGUCCCAUCUCAGCUGGGACAUUCCUGGCCAGGCUGCUUCUCCACAAAGAGGGAGUGGCCACUCCUGACGGUCAUCUUGCCUCUCUUCUCUGGACCGGAGGCUUCCCGAGGAGCUGAGCUGUCCGGAGUUUGGCAGCAUUCUUCCUCUUCUGGUCUCCUACACGCUUGGAAAAGCACCGGUCAGCGGGUCUAACAUUAUAUGCUCCCCACACACACUGAAAGUGACCUCCCGGCCUGGAGGUGUCCACUCCUUAAAUAAAGGCAUUCAAAGAUGAAAGGAUGCAGAGAGAACAUUCCUUAAGGUUCUGAUCGAUUGAAGCAGGGGAUUCCAGGUCCCUCUUGUCAGUCUUCAGGUGCCUCUUGCUUUUCUGCCAAAAUGGAAGGCGGCUGACAGUCCUCCAGGCCCUUUUCCCAUGAGAGCAGUUGGGGAGCCUGCGGUGCUGCACAGAAACUUUAGGAUGUGCGCUUGUUUAUAACGACCCUGCCUGUUAACUUUUGGGUUUUUGUUUUUCCUUCCCCCCCCUCCCUUUUUAGCAAAGCUGUACAAUCUAAAGUGGACUGCAUUUUGCAAGAAGUUGAGAAGUUUACAGAUUUACAGAAACUCUACCUCUACCUUCAACUGCCUUCUGGUCCCAGCAAUGGCGAGAAAAGCGACCAGCUGUCUGUCUCCUCCAGCCGCGCUCAGCAGGUGCACGCCCUUUCCUGGAUCCGGAGCACCUUGGAGGAACACCCGGAGACCUCCCUCCCCAAGCAGGAGGUGUACGAUGAGUACAAGAGCUACUGUGACAAUCUUGGCUACCACCCGCUCAGUGCCGCAGACUUUGGCAAGAUCAUGAAGAACGUGUUUCCCAACAUGAAGGCCCGGCGCCUAGGCACGCGAGGCAAAUCAAAAUAUUGCUACAGUGGACUUCGGAAGAAAGCACUCGUGCAGAUGCCGUCGCUCCCCAAUCUGGACUUCCCCAAAACUGGAGACGGGCUGGACGGAGCAGAGCCUGCUGGGCGCUUGCCGAGUGCCGAUGAGGAGAUUGUGUCUGCUGCCUGCCAGCUGGUCUGCGAGUGGGCUCAGAAAGUGCUCAGCCAGCCCUUUGAUUCUGUCCUGGACUUGGCCCGCUUCCUGGUGAAAAGCCACUACACGGGCACCAAGUCCAUGGCAGCUUUGGCAGUGAUGGCAGGUGCCCCCGCAGGACUCAAGGGGAUCCCGCAGCCGUCAUCGGCUUUUGUCCCGACGGCAGAGAGCAACUCCUUCCAGCCCCAGGUGAAGACGCUGCCGUUGCCCGUGGAUGCCAAGCAGCAGCUGCAGCGCAAGAUCCAGAAGAAGCAGCAGGAGCAGAAACUGCAGUCUCCCCUGCCAGGCGAGUCCCCCGCCAAGAAGGCCGAGGGCACAGCCAGCAACGGGGUCGCCAGUCUUCCGAAUGGGAGCCCGGCCAUCCUGUCCCCUCAGUCCAUUGGCAUUGUGGUGGCUGCCGUGCCAAGCCCCAUCACGGUGCCAAGGUCCCGGCAGUUGGUAACGUCUCCUAGCCCGAUGGGCUCGGCCGAGGGCAAAGUCCUUCCACUCAACGUCCAGGUGGUCACUCAGCCCAUGCAGCCCGUCAAGCAGUCUCCAAAGACUCCUCAGAAUGUACCGGCCAGUCCCGUGGGAGAUCGCUCUGCCCGUCAUCGCUAUGCCCAGAUCCUGCCAAAGCCAGCCAACACCAACGCACUCACCAUUCGUUCCCCAACCACAGUGCUCUUCACGAGCAGCCCAAUCAAGACGGUGGUUCCUGCUCAGCACAUGAACGUGGUCAAAAUGACUGCCAUCUCGCUUGCCCCGAGCGGUGCCAGUGGCACGCCCGUCAAGCACACAGCCUCCGCUGUUGGCGCAGGAGCUGCAGACGAGCCCAGGGGCAUCCCUCAGAUCAAGAACGGGUCUGUGAUUUCACUCCAGUCCCCGGGAACCAAAGGUGGUAGCGGAGGCCUAGCUUCUGCCUCGUCUUCGGUCGAGGUCAAGCUGGAGCCAGAACUGGUGCUAGAUGAGAGCUUGCAGCAGAACCAGGAGAAUGCAAACCCUGCUCCAGCGGUCAGAGUCACCCUGCUAACACCUGUGGACCAGUUGAGAACUGGGGAAGCCGAGGCCUGGAAAGGCCAGGCGGAGGAGCGUCUUGGAGCAGCAAGCGGUGACCCCCGGGGGGCGCAUUCAGAGAGAAAAUCCCUUUCCCAAGCGCAUGAAGGCCCCCCAGGCCCCCCGGAGGCGGCUCAGCAUGUCUCCAGCGCCAGCAUCGCCCCCUCGCCUACUGCAGGCGACCAAGGGUGCCCGAAAGGCCUGCGGAAGAGGCUGCCUUCUGCCUUUGUGGAUGCUCAGGGCCCCCCUGUCAAGAAGCUUUCUGUGGGGCAAGCCUCUGCAGAAGCCCCCAAGGCCAGCGGUGCGAAGAAAGCCCAGCAGACGGGCGUCCUGCCUCUCCCUAACAGGGACAGUCCGGCUGCCCUUCUCCAGGGUCCCGGCCAGGCGGCCCUCCAAAUCCAGUCCGCAGGCUCAGGGAUCAGCCUGGAGGCCUCCUGCCCCCUGGAUGCUGACCUCAUCAUUGCCCCCAGCGACUCCCUGCUGGAGCCGCCCCCAGCAGCCUCCUCGGCAGGUGUGGAAAUGAAGUUGGAAGGAGACAUUUUUGUCCUAGGAAACGGCUCGAAGUCCGAGGGCAGCCUGAACCCCAGUGUGUGGCAGCAGCUGGCCAAGGGGUCCCCCUUCGCCCAGGAGGCCUGCAAGCCCCCCAUCAGUGUUAUGGCGCUGGCUGGACCAUGCGAUGCUGAGGACCUGGCCAAGUCCGCCUGGGAACCGGUGCACUUGGAAGGGUUCCAGCCAGCCGGGGCAGCCUUUGGGCAGCCGUUGCCAGAUCAGGUCCCGCCACCCCCUCUUGACCAGCCCCUGCCUGGCCAGAGCUCCGGCCAGCUGCCCCUGCAGCAGGAGCUGAAGGACUUUGAGGACGCCGCUUCCCAGUCCCACGAGAACUUCUUCUCCUUUGACGAUGACCUGACCCAGGACAGCAUCGUGGAGGAGUUGGUGCUGAUGGAGGAGCAGAUGUCCCUGAGCACCUCACACCUCUACGGCGCCUCCCUGGGGAUGGCUCUCCAGAACCAGGGGGAAGCUCAGGGGGGACCCUUGGCUCCUCACCCCAGCAGUGCCCACUUCUACCACUCGAUCCACAGCAGCGGCACUCCUGUUCAUACGCCCACGCCCACCCCGACACCCACGCCCACGCCCACACCCACCUCUGAAAUCAUGGCAGGAUCGCAAGGUGUGUCACGGGAGAGUCCGUGCUCCAGGAUGGCCCAGACCACGCCUGUUGACAGCGCCCUGGGAAGCAGCCGGCACACGCCUGUCGGCACCCCCCACUCUAACUGCAGCAGCAGCGUGCCCCCAAGCCCCGUAGAGUGUAGAAACCCCUUUGCUUUCACCCCCAUUAGCUCCAGCAUGGCCUACCACGAUGCCAGCGUGGUUUCCAGCAGUCCUGUGAAGCCCAUGCAGCGGCCCAUGGCCACCCACCCCGAUAAAACCAAACUGGAAUGGAUGAAUGCCGGCUACGGGAGCGUGGGGGGCUCCUCUGUCACCAGCCAGGGGAUUCUGCCUGGCUACCAGGAGUCGGUGGAGGACCGUUUCAGGAAGCCUCAUGCCUUUGCUGUCCCUGGCCAGUCCUACCAGUCUCAGUCACGGCACCACGAUCCCCAUUUUGGGAGAGUGACCCCCGUCUCCCCCGUUGGCAACAAGCAGGAAGGUUUUGCCGUCCCUGCUCCUCUCGAUAACAAAGGGACCGGCUCCUCUCAUGGCGGCCAUUUCAGAUGCCGGAGCGUCAGUCCCGCCGUGCACCGCCAGCGGAAUCUUAGCGGAAGCACGGUCUGUCCUGUCACAGCCGUGCUUCGCUCUGGAACGAUGGUGGGCUCUUUUGGGAGUCCGGUCGCCCCGGAAGUUCACACCUCCUUGGUGAACGUCCAUGCAGACCCAAGUGCCAGUAACCUCGCCCAGCGCAGCCAGUCGGUGCCCCUGACGGUGAUGAUGGAAACGGCCUUUCCGCAGCCUCAGAAGCAGCCAAGCUCCAAGAAGAUCACCAACGUCUUGCUCAGCAAGCUGGACUCAGAGAACGACGAUGCCAUGCGCGGCCUGGGCAUCAACAACCUCCCCUCUAAUUACACCGCCAGGAUGAACCUGACUCAGAUUUUGGAGACUUCUGCUGCCUUUCCAAGUGCCAAUGCCCAGAACAUGCCCCCGUGCAGCCCGUCCGUUUUUGAAUUCCAAACACCAGGUUACCUCGCUAAGAACAGCAGCCCCGACCCGGCAGACUUUGCUUCUGGGGACACCGCAGCCUCUUCGGAAGCUGGGGAGCAGCAGCUGGAUUUCAGCGGCACCGUGAAGGAGCUUUUGGAGGAGAGCAGCCUGCAGGGCACCCAGGUGCCUCCUGACUUGACCAACGUGACCUCAGUCUUCUCCAGCGACAUGAGGCUGACCUCGGAGCUCUCUGGGAGCAUGAACGACCUGAACGCCCUGGACCCCAACCUGCUCUUUGACCCAGCCCACCCGCAGGGCCAAGACGACGAGGCCACACUGGAAGAAUUGAAGAACGACCCCCUGUUCCAGCAGAUCUGCAACGAGUCCAUCAGCUCUAUGACUUCUGCAGGUUUCGACUGGAUGGAGAGUAAGGACCAUCCCGCUGUGGAAAUGUUGGGUUAAGGUGUGCGUGCACGUGUGUGUGUAUGUAUACACACAUAUACAUGUUUGUGAGUGAGUGCGUAUA